GUGAAAGUAGUUCCGGGCACUUAACCUAAAUGGGGGGAGAGUCCCGGAUGUUGGCUCGAACUGGAGAAGGCGGAGAAAUCGAGGAGGGACGCCACGGCACCGCAGGCACACCGGCGAAGGUCUCUGUACAGGACAACAACGUCAAGAGCCCGGGACACUCCUGGAGGGAGGACACGCUGUCUGGAGAAGAUAGAAGGUGGAAGGAGCGGGACACGGUCACUCUGAAACUACCGUGAGGAUUACAGGGAGCGACUGUCUCAACUGCUUUCAUCCAGAAAUCAACAUGCCGGAGAGGCCAUGCUGAUGUCCUGAGCUGAAGGAGUCAUCCCCACCUUGCUUAGUCUGUUCCCACAACUGGGGCACUUUUUGUCAAGUCACCUCACACCAACUGUAACCACCACCUCCAACUUUUACUCCAUUAUCUUCUGCCCAGCCUGCCGUCACCAUGACGUCGGAGCUGGAGAGCAGUCUGACCUCCAUGGAUUGGCUUCCUCAGCUGACCAUGCAGGCAGCCAUUCGCAAGACUGAUGCCCAAAAUGCCCAAGGGCCAGGCAUGGGCAAGAAGAGUACCCUUCUGGAUCACAACACCACGUUGGAUCAAGAGGAGGUGCAGCAGCACAAGGAUGGCAAGCCUCCGUACAGCUACGCCAGCCUCAUCACGUUCGCCAUCAACAGCUCGCCAAAGAAGAAGAUGACACUGAGCGAGAUCUACCAAUGGAUCUGUGAUAACUUUCCGUACUACAGGGAGGCGGGCAGCGGCUGGAAGAACUCAAUACGGCACAAUCUGUCAUUAAACAAAUGUUUUCUCAAAGUGCCUCGCUCUAAAGAUGACCCUGGAAAGGGCUCCUACUGGGCCAUUGACACCAACCCAAAGGAGGACUCCUUGCCAACUCGGCCAAAGAAGAGGCCUCGGUCUGGAGAGCGAGCUUCCACGCCGUACAGCCUGGAUUCAGAGUCUUUGGGGAUGGACUGUAUCAUCUCUGGAAGUGCCUCUCCAACGCUGGCAAUCAACACUGUGACUAACAAGGUGGCGUUGUACAACACAGACCAGGAAGGUAGUGAUAGCCCAAGAAGCAGCCUUAACAACAGCCUGUCUGACCAGAGUCUGGCCUCCGUCAAUCUCAACAGUGUGGGCAGUGUUCACAGCUAUACACCGGUGACCAGUCACCCAGAGCCUGUGUCCCAGUCCAUGAGCCUGCAACAGCCUCCCCAGUCCCAGUACAGCAUGCCAGACAGAGACAAGCAGCUCAUGUUCUCAGAAUUCGAAGAUCUCAGUGCCUCCUUCCGCAGCCUUUACAAGUCUGUUUUUGAGCAGUCCUUCAGCCAACAAGGUUUGAUGGGAUUACCCUCGGAUUCCUCCCAGCAGACCCACACCUCCUGCUCCUAUCAGCACUCCCCCAGUGGCACCAUAAGCACCCAGAACAACCUGUCAAACAACCAACCCAACAGCCACCCCAACAACCACCCGGCCAACAGCGGCCAGGUGCCCCUGUCCCAUCCUGCUCAGGUCCAUCCUGGCCAUGGCUCCCCCCACGCACAGCACCUCCCGCAGCAUGGCGGCACUCACAACCAACACAGCCAGCACAGUCAGCACCCCCAGCACGUUGCGCACCCCCAGCACGGGCAGCACCCGUCCCACGGCCAGCACCCGCAGCAACGCGCGGCGCAUCCCUCCCAGCACACGCAGCACCAGAGCCUCUCCCACCAGCCCCAUCCCACCCAGCAACAGAUGGCCUGCAACACAGGUUUACUGUCGGACUGGUACCAAAAUCUGGAUGCACUGAAAGAGAGCUGUCGCAUUGCCAGCAGCUAUAACUGGGCUGAUGUUGACCUUUCACCUUUCCAAGGGUUGAAAGAGAGUAUGAGACAGGCUGAGCUGAACAAUUGGUGCCUUGAUACCACCCAGAUCGCAGACCUCUGCUCGUCUAUCAACCAGUUCUUCGCCCGCACCGGAGUAAUUCAGCCACAGGGGGCAGUGCAGACGCCUGUUUGCCACGGUGCCAUGCUCACCAACAAACCCAGCCAGCACCUCAACACAGCAAAUCUCUACAUGGACUCCAGACAGAGCAUGCCCAUGAUGGGACCCCCAGGUUAUCCCCACAUGCCCCCUAUGAGCAGCACAGGACCCGCCAUGACAGGACACCACGCACAGAUGAACCAGCAGCACAUGAUACCUUCUAGAAACUUCCAGAUGCAUCGCAUGCCUGCGGAUGACAUCCAGGAUGAUUUUGACUGGGACUCCAUCGUCUAGCAACUAAGACCCUCUCGCCCCCUUUGUUGCAGUUAAAUCCGAGCGAGGAGAGGAAGUGUAACCCGGAGGAAGCCAGGCUGAGCUGACAGGAGGAGGAGGUGGACACGGUCUGCUGCAGAAGGACACUUGGACACGUUUCAGAGUCUUGACAAGGCGAAUCAUAACCAGAAUAUGUUACUUGGAAGACAAUCAUAUUUAGUCGGACAUGUUAAUGUGAUCAAUUACAAACUUGUGUAGAGACAAGAGGGACUCAUUCACAUCUAAACCACAUGGUCCUCAGCUCUUCAGCCAGCCCUCUCCUCCCCCCGACCCCCCUGCUCCGUAACCGUUAUGUGAUUUGAGCGCCGUGUUCAGCUUGUAAUUUUCUCGUAUUGACAUUGGCCUCAGCUGCCUCUAAGAUGAUGUUGUCUCCCUCUUUUUUUUUCUUCUUUGUUUUUAAAGUUUUGUUUAAAGGAAACCCAGGCCGUCUCUGUGAGUAACGCCAUGGUGUUUGUCAGUCACUUUUGGGAGAAAUCGGGCGCCGCUGUGGCACAAUCAGUGGUUAAGUCAAGUUUACAAAAAUCUGAGGUUUUGAUCAGGGUGUUGAAUCAUCAUGAGCAAGCGGGGUCACACUCUCGUGAUUGGCUCUCAUCCUUAGUUCUCAUUCUCUAGCCCUUCAGGAUGACUGGUGAUGGUGAGUAGGUGAAAACAUGGAUGUGAAGGACUGAAUCUGUUGUUUUGCUACGUCAGGUUUAGGCUCUGUGUGCGUUGUGUUGGUUUGUAAUCAAAGUUAAGCCCAACAAAGUCACAUUAAUUGGGUUUUGUUUUAAGGUUUCGGCCAUUGAUCAUUAAACAGAGAAAUCGUCUGAAACAGGUUAUAAAAUAGAUCACUUGACUUCAAUUAGCGCUGAACACUUCUGUAGCAGCUGCAGUUCAACAGUGAUCAGUAAAACAAAUACUCCAUCACUGCAAGUAUUAUUCAUGUCAUUAGACUAAAUAAAAAAACUAAAAUCAUUUCAAACUUAUGAAAGUUAAGAUUUUAA